CGAAGAAAUCGAAGACGCUGCAAUGUGCGUACGUUAGUGUCAAUAACCUCCUCAGUCCUCACAAGACACGCGAUACAUCAUCUGUAAUGAAAAAUAUUUUAAAACGAGGAGAGAAAAAGAAAAAAAAAAAAAGGUCCUUUGGCACGAUUGAGUAUUGAAUUGAAAACUGUGCCCAGCCCCACACGACCGAUCCCAUCCUUUGGUUGUUUACAGUACAAACGAAGAUACUAUAUUAUUUCGUUUUUUUUGUCACCCUAACAAUUCUGUCUCUCUUUCAUUUCUCUGAAAAAAUUUUCUUAAGACAAAUUUUCCUGAGAAAAUAUCUAUGGAAUCCCCAGCUCGGCGUCGUCUUCAAACUAUUCAGGGCCAUCUUCUCUCUUAUACCAUCAACGAUCACUCACUUAUCCAAUCUAACCUCACCGCCUCGCAAUUCUUUCAAAAUCAAAGCUACAGUGUAGUUCUACCUGAGAAGUUGCAAACAGGGAAGUGGAAUGUCUAUAGGUCUGCGCGGUCUCCUUUGAGGCUUGUGAGCAGGUUCCCUGAUCAUCCUGAGAUAGGGACAUUGCACGAUAACUUUGCGCAUGCUGUUGAAACUUAUCAAGAUUACAAGUAUUUGGGCACACGAGUUAGGCAGGACGGAACAAUUGGAGAGUACACAUGGAUGACAUAUGGAGAAGCGGGCACUGCUAGAGAGGCAAUAGGUUCUGGCCUUUGUUAUCAUGGGAUGCAAAAAGGAGCUUGCGUUGGAAUCUAUUUCAUAAAUAGACCAGAGUGGAUGAUAGUGGAUCAUGCUUGUGCGGCAUAUUCGUUCAUAUCGGUUCCCUUGUACGACACUCUUGGCCCUGAUGCUGUUAAGUAUGUUGUCAAUCACGCUGAUGUGCAGGCAAUCUUUUGUGUCCCGGAGACUUUGAACACUUUGCUGAGCUUUCUAUCUGAGAUUCCAAUUGUGCGACUUAUAGUGGUAGUGGGAGGUGUAGAUGAACACUUACCAUCUCUACCUUCAACAUCUGGAGUCAAGCUUAUAUCAUAUCUAAAACUGUUUGAUGAGGGCUGCAGGAACAGGCAGCCUUUUGUGCCUCCUAAACCUGAGGAUAUUGCAACAAUAUGUUACACCAGUGGUACUACUGGGACACCAAAGGGAGUUGUCCUGACACAUGGAAACUUGAUUGCAAAUGUCGCUGGUUUCAGUCUAGCUAUUCAAUUCAAUCCCUCAGAUAUUUAUAUAUCCUAUCUUCCUUUGGCACACAUCUAUGAACGAACCAACCAAAUCGCAGCAAUUCAGUAUGGUGUUGCUGUUGGUUUCUAUCAGGGGGACAACCUAAAAUUAAUGGAUGAUCUGGCUGCUCUAAGACCAACUAUAUUUUCCAGUGUUCCACGGUUGUAUAAUCGCAUAUAUGAUGGAAUUACAAAUGCUGUGAAGAAUUCUGGGGUUUUAAAGGAGAGGCUCUUUAGAGCUGCCUACAACUCGAAGAAGCAAGCUAUAAUGAGUGGUCGGAACCCAUCACCAAUGUGGGACAAACUAGUAUUUAAUAAAAUAAAGGAAAAACUAGGGGGGCGUGUCCGUAUUAUGGCAUCAGGAGCUUCCCCUUUGUCAGCCGAUAUAAUGGACUUUUUAAGGGUGUGCUUUGGCUGUCAAAUAAUUGAGGGAUAUGGAAUGACUGAGACUUCUUGUGUAAUAAGUGCUAUGGAUCUGGGGGACAAUUUAUCUGGUCAUGUUGGAUCUCCCAAUCCUGCCUGUGAAAUAAAACUAGUGGAUGUUCCUGAAAUGAACUACACAUCUGAGGAUCAGCCAUAUCCACGUGGAGAAAUCUGUGUCAGGGGUCCCAUCAUAUUCCAAGGUUACUACAAAGAGGAUGCCCAAACGAAGGAAGUGUUAGAUGAUGAGGGUUGGUUGCACACUGGAGAUAUUGGCUUGUGGUUACCUGGAGGACGCCUCAAGAUUAUUGAUAGGAAAAAGAACAUUUUCAAAUUGGCCCAAGGCGAGUAUAUAGCACCAGAAAAGAUUGAGAAUGUAUAUGCCAAAUGCAGAUUUGUUUCCCAGUGUUUUGUAUAUGGUGACAGCUUUAACUCCUUUUUAGUAGCUGUAGUUGUUGUGGAGCCAGAUGUGUUGAGAGAUUGGGCUGCAUAUGAGGGGAUUAAGUAUGAUGAUUUAGGACAGUUGUGCAAUGAUCCAAGAGCAAGAGCUGCAGUGCUUGCUGAGAUGGAUGAGGUUGGAAAGGAAGCCCAGUUGAGAGGUUUCGAAUUUGCAAAAGCUGUAACACUUGUGCUUGAACCAUUUUCUAUGGAGAAUGGCCUCCUUACUCCAACUUUCAAGAUCAAGAGGCCUCAAGCAAAGGAAUACUUUGCCAAAGCCAUAUCAAAUAUGUAUGCUCAGCUUCCUACUUCAGAUCCAAUACCACAGAAACUGUGAUGAGUUGCAGCUACAUUUGCAUCAUCCAGAGCAUUUUGCAUCUCAUUUUUUUAUUGUGGAAGUUUUCCUUGUAGAAUAAUCAUUGAUGAAUACAGAAUACAGAAUAAUACCAUUUAAAUUUUACAUACAUUUUGACUUCA